AUGAAGCGCAUUCCUGACGAACCCCUCAGCAAAGCUUGGCUAAAGCUCUCUACAUUUGACAAAGAGAACAUAGCAAGGCAGACUGCUGAGUAUCUGCUACAACUUCGCAAACUCCAGUCCGAUAAAAUGCAAGCUCUUGGUGGCCGUCCGAUUUACUCCAACUUCCUAUUUCAGGAUAGAGAAGUUGAGCUUCCUCACGGUCCUCUGGCAUCUGAGGACGAACUUUGGACAGACAUGGAGCGUGGUUUGAGAGAAACUGUGCCCAAGGCUGCACGCAUGCGUCCUCGAAAAUGUAUGCCACCGGCCGCGCCAUAUACCUUUACACACGGUGGCCUCACAAAUGUCAAUAUCAUGGUUGAAAACGGCUGCCUUACUGGCAUUAUUGAUUGGGAGAUGUCCCGGGUACUUCCCAGUGUGGUGGGAGUACGUUUGUACCUCGGUUCCUGA